AUUUCUCAGUUCCUGAGAAGACUAGAGCAAUGGGAGAACAAAUGGACAUUAGGGUGGGUCCCCGCUUGUUUUCUGCAAAGGGCGGAAGGAAGGUGUGGGUUUGUGUGCAUGCAUGCACUCGUUUGUGGCUUCUCCCCGAUUUCCACAGAACUCCACCACACCCUGAGACACUUGUUUCUGCUCUACAAAGCCAUUCAUUGCACUGUAUCUUUUGAGAUUCACAGCAGCCCAUCUGGCAAACGAAUGGAGAGAGGCAUCAUGGGCUUCGGGAAGUCCUCCCCCUUUCUGGCUUUCAGCAUCUUGGUCCUGUGCCAGGCAGGCAGCCUCCAGGCGGCACCAUUCAGGUCUGCUUUGGAGAGCCUCCCAGACCCCACCACACUCAGUGAGAAGGAAGGGCGCCUCCUGCUGGCUGCCCUGGUGAAGGCCUAUGUGCAGGGGAAGACAAAUGAACUGGAGCAGGAGCAGGAGCAGGAGGAGACAGAGGGCUCCAGCCUGGACAGCUUCCGAGCUAAGCGGUGCAGUAAUCUGAGUACCUGUGUGCUGGGCGCAUACUCGAAGGACCUGAACAACUUUCAUACAUUCUCUGGCAUCGGCUUCGGGGCUGAAACACCUGGCAAGAAAAGGGACAUAGCCAGCAUCUUGGAGAAGGGCCAGUAACCCUGCUUUGGGGUGCCCCAGGAUGGCAACCAGACUCCUUCCACUCCUUCCUGAUUUCCCUUCUUGCUCCCAUUUUUGAACUAAAUGCAUGCAGAUUCCACUUUGAUUGCUCUUCAAGCUUGUAUUGGUAGCUUUGCUUAUCACAGAGAAUAUGGGGGACCUCAGGAUGGAAGGGAAGAGAGCAGGACUCAUAGGCCAGGUUAGAGGCAAGAGUGAGGGAAGCUUCUUGAGAUCCCAGAGGAUUUCAUGGUAGAGUCCCCAAUUUCUGCUGCAUCCUUCAUGUUUCAUCAUUGAUGAAUAAACCUAUUUUCUAAAAGGAUUUGCACUGUGGUGGUCAUUACUCUGGUCGUGUCCAAGGCUUGAGAGUACCCAGAACCUAUGCUUAAAAGUAGCGUUAGCCUCAGGGUAGCUGGGUACAGGGCUUGGUGAGUGGUCCUUGUGAACCAGUUCCACCGUCAAGAACAGGUGUGCUGAGAAACAGGUAAACACUUCUGGGGGAGGACGCUGUUUCCCUCUUACAGCCUCUUUCAGGUAAGACGUCAGGGAAUUUUCCUUUCCCAUGGAAAGUGGUUUUGAUGGUGCCUGUGGCUGCUCUAUGGUUUCUCUAUGCUCCUUGCAUGUCUUGGGAUUGGGCUGGGCCUUUGGUGACCACUUCAUCCUGGUUCUAAAGAGACUGUAUGUGACGGUAAGUGCUGAUUUCAGUACAUGCCUCAUGGCUUGACACGGGGUUUUUUCUUUUUCUUUUUUUUUUUUAAAGUUUUUAUUUAAAUUCCAGUUAGUUGACAUACAGGGUAAUAUUAGCCUCACGUGUAUGAUAUGGUGAUGCAACACUUCCAUACAACAGCCAGUGCUCAUCACAUUGGCACUGGGUUUUUUUUCACGAAGGUCUUUGGGCAGGGCUCCUAGCAAAAGCUGCCAGGCCACUUCUCCUAACAGCUUUGAUAAUUGCAUUUAGGAGAAACACUUAUUCUUAAGCGGUAUGUCGAAGAGCUGAAAUUCUCUUUAUGAAGGCCUCAGGGGCAGGCUCCUGCCCCUCGCCUCUCACUGACAGACCUCUUCUUUCUCCAUCCUGCAAAUCAGCGUCACUGCCCAGAAGAGAUCCUGCAAUACUGCCACCUGUGUGACCCAUCGGCUGGCAGGCUUGCUGAGCAGAUCUGGAGGUGUUGUGAAGAACAACUUUGUGCCCACCAACGUGGGCUCCGAAGCCUUUGGCCGUCGCCGCAGGGACCUUCAUGCCUGAGCAGCUCAGUGACUCCAGGAAGAAGGUCACCAUGAAGCUGAACUCACCACUUCUGUUAAUUUCUGUUGACAACACUUGGUGAGAAGGCCCCAUGGAAGAUAUACAUGUUUGCAUCCCAAUAGAUACUGAAAAAAGCACCUUUGUCACUUACAAGGAAUGAAAGUGAAUGCAAAAUAAGCUAAUUCCAUAUGUAUCGUGUAUCCUUUUUAUAUUUGACCCUGUGUGUGUCAGUGUGGUGGUGGCAUCUAUCGUUGGCUUAUCUGGUAGCAAACUGGUUCUUUGAGAGCUAUCCUGUUGAUCACAGCAGCUCUGCAAACCUUAGGGGGACAGUAAGUCAUUGCCUUUGUGGCCUCUGGGGACAUGUGGUAAUGGUGAUGCUUUGCCUUGUUGU